AGUAAGAGCUCUGAAUUGGAACUGUCACAAUCUGAACUCAUACAAGUUCGUGAGUCUAUUGAGGCGGCCAAAUCGGGAGAAAGCGCGUUGGUACUGGCUAAGAAAAAUGAGUUCAACGAAAUCACAAAGGCUUUAGCAGAAGCUCGUGAACAGGUUUUGGAAAAUGGGAAGCAGUUACUGACAUGGAAAGAAAAAAAUGACUUGAAUAAGGCUGAGCUUGAAAAGUUGAGAGCAGAAAAUACGUCUUUGGCUACAACCUUAGCGAGUAAUAACUCCAAACUGGAGCUGUCGCAGUGUGAACUGACACAAGUUCUUGAGGAUAUAGAAACAGUAAGAUCGACUGAGGAAGCAAUUAGGAAAGAGCUUGAAUAUGCAAAGAUCGAGGUUGCAAAACAGCAAGCCAAAGUGGCAGAAAUAUCAAAAACUUUGACAGAAACUGGGAAAUCGAAUGACGCCACAUGUACCACAAUUCCCGAAACAUCAAUGCGUCAAAAACUGGAAAUUUUCAACGAGUUAGAGGCUAGCUUGCGAAAAGAAAACAAACUUCUAUCUGAAAAAAUCGUUGAAGUUACAGAUGAACUUAAAAAAACAAAGGAGACCACAAGAGAUUCUGAGAUAGUCGCUUUCGAAAAUCAAAUUAAAUUUCUCAACUCAAUAAUUGCUCAAAAACAAGAAAAAGAGAACCAUCUCAUGCAAGAACUCCAAAGAAAGGAAAAAAUUAGUUAUAGAAAAGAGAGCCAAAUUUGCAAAGCAGAAACUAGGCCGAGAAUGUAUUGCGACAUAUGCGAAGAAUUUGAUAAGCAUGAAACUGAAGAUUGCCCAACUCAGUUAAUGGAGGAAUCGGAUAUUGCCGAGCAUUCACACUAUUCCUCAAGUUCUACGAAAGUGAAACCCCCUCCUAGAGAAUAUUGUGAUAAUUGUGAAGAGUUUGGUCAUGAUACCAGCGCUUGUGAGAAAGCCAAAUCUAGAAAGGACUACACUUUCUGA